AUGGACGAUGGAUGGUUUGUGAACGACUCGGCGCUUUCAGCAAUCUACGGAGAUGAGUCCCCGCCAGCGAAUCGACAACAACUCUACAAGGAGCUAUGUGAUGAAGACAUUCGACAAUUCGGAAUGCCCACCCUCGCCGAUCGCUUAGAGAAGGAAAAGGGGAAAUUGAAGGGACCAGUUGUGCUACAAAUCACUCGAUUCAGAAACGUCUCCUAUCCGAAGAUCAACGAGGGAUCGCAUUCAUCUGACGGAAUAAUCCGAUUACAUUUGACCGACGGACACGGGGCUGUGUCAGCCAUCAUUUUGGACUACAUUAAGGGAAUCGAUGCUGCAACCCCGCCUGGCACGAAACUGCUGAUCACAAAAGAUGUCGAUUAUGAGGGAGGGUUCAUUUUUCUCACCAGCCAACACAUCAAAAUUCUUGGCGGACAAGUGGAGAAGUUAAUCGAGAAGUGGAGAUUGGAACAAAGCACUGGUGUUGCAACAAAGCGUCACAUUUCAAACGCCAACAAAGCCCCCAAAUGGGUUUCGUUUGGGAAGAAAGCUACUGCUCCAACUGGCGCGAAUAAAGGAUUCAAAGCAAACGAGGUAAUUCAAGGAGCUCCUAAAGAAGCCACCGAAGAGGCGACGGCUUUUGAGCAACAACGAAAAGAGCAAAUCGAAGCGGCAAAGCAGGAAACGAACAAAGAGAAAGUCUUCACAGCGCCACAAAUACAAGGUCCGGUGAAAGCAGCUCCAACGGAAGAGCAACAACAAGAGAUGAGACGAGCUAAAGAAAGGGAACGAGCACAAAAAGAGGAUCGAGGGCACGAUAGAAGACCGAGAAGAGGACGUGGAAGGGGUGGAGAUGACGAUGAUGAUGGGCCGAUUCCUUCCGAGUUUCAAGCGCCCAAAGUGCAAGCUACUUUGUUUGAUUUUGUGGCACAGGCAAGUGGAGCGACCGAGAUUCUCAAUCAGCCGCCACCACCGCCGGUUCAACAACAGCCGACUCGAACAAAUGAUUUCCAGAAAGAUCGUCGAUUCAAUCAGAGAUCGAAUGAUAAUUAUGGAAGACAAGACGACCGAAGAAACAAUUUUCCCGAACGAGCCCAACAAAUCCGACGAGAUGCUCCGAGGGCACAAGGUUUUCAACAGAAACAAGAUAAUUUCAAUCAGGGACAACAAAAGCCUUCCUACAGUCAACAGAAGAAGGACAGAUAUAACUCGAGUCAGCCUAGUCAAGUUGAUACCAAUCAGAAACAACAAAAGCCGACCUACAGUCAGCAGAAGAACGAGCGAUAUGAGUCGAAUCAAUCUAGACAAGGAGAUUUCAAUCAGAAACAGCAAAAGCCUGGUUAUAAUGAGCAACGUUAUGAGAGGAAUGGUCUGGCUUCACAGAGACAAGAGAAUUUCAACAAUCCAAGGCCACAAAAGUAUCCAUUGGAGCGAAAUGAGAGACCGGCCAUAAAUCAAGGAAUGACUUUUGAGAAUACGGCAAGACGAACGAAUAAAGAAGUGUCGCAGAAAAUGGAGAGCUUAACGAUUUCGUCAAGUCGGCCUGGCUCUUCUUCAGCUUCAAAUCGUCAACAACGAGAAGAGAAAGGAUCAAUCGAAUGGAGGGUUGGCGAUCAAUGUUUGGCUCCAUGGGAAGAUGGAAAUAUAUACCCGGCUACAAUCAUUCAACUUGGCCCCGGCCCACAACGAUGCACUGUGCGAUACGAUGAGUAUGGAAACACGCAAGUUCUUCCACAAGGUGUCCUCAUUCGCCAA